AACAGCACCCAACUUCCCAGGCGCCCUCAUUGCCCAGCCGGACCCCAGUCCCUGAUAGGUUCGGUCCGGCCCGCUCGCCCCGUGUUCCACCGGCCCCCGCCCAGCGCACCGGACCCUCCGGCGCCCCGCGCUCGCUCUCUCGGUUUGCUCGCACCAUGGACAAGUUUUGGGGGCGCUUAGCCUGGGGACUGUGCCUCCUGCAGCUGAGCCUGGCGCAGAUCGAUUUGAAUAUAACCUGCCGAUACGCAGGUGUGUUCCACGUGGAGAAAAAUGGUCGCUACAGCAUCUCCAGGACAGAGGCCGCUGACCUCUGCAAGGCUUUCAACAGCACCCUGCCCACCAUGGCCCAGAUGGAGAAAGCCCUGAGCGUGGGGUUUGAGACCUGCAGGUACGGGUUCAUAGAAGGGCAUGUGGUGAUCCCCCGUAUUCACCCCAACUCCAUCUGUGCUGCAAACAACACAGGGGUGUACAUCCUCACAUCCAACACCUCGCAGUACGACACGUACUGCUUCAAUGCCUCAGCUCCACCCGAAGAAGAUUGCACAUCGGUCACACACCUGCCCAAUGCCUUUGAAGGACCAAUUACCAUAACCAUUGUCAACCGCGAUGGCACCCGCUACAGCCAGACAGGUGAAUACAGAACGAACCCUGAAGACAUCAACCCCAGCAGCCCCACUGAUGAUGAUGUGAGCAGCGGAUCCUCCAGCGAGAGGAGCACUUCGGGAGGCUACAACAUCUUCCACACCCACCUUCCAACUGUAUACCCGACCCAGGACCAAGACAGUACGGGGGUGUCUGACAACCCAGAGCAUACCCCCAUUACCAAAGACCAAGACUCAUCAGUUCACCCCAGUGGAACGUCCCAUACCACUCAUGGAUCAGAAUCAGCUGGCCACUCAAGUGGGAGUCAAGAAGGUAGGGCAAACACGACCUCGGGUCCUGUGCGGAAACCUCAAAUUCCAGAAUGGCUCAUCAUCUUGGCCUCCCUCCUGGCCUUGGCUUUGAUUCUUGCCGUUUGCAUUGCUGUCAAUAGUCGAAGAAGGUGUGGGCAGAAGAAGAAGCUGGUGAUCAACAAUGGCAACGGAGCAGUGGGGGACCGGAAGCCAAGCGGAAUCAACGGAGAGGCCAGCAAGUCUCAGGAGAUGGUGCACUUGGUGAACAAGGAGCCCUCAGAGACUCCAGAUCAGUAUAUGACAGCCGACGAGACGCGGAACCUGCAGAAUGUGGACAUGAAGAUUGGGAUGUAACACCCACGCCGUGGUGACCUUGGAGAGAAACGGCAGUUGGAGACAUAACCAUGAUAAGGAGCUGGGACACUUCACAGAUGCAAUGUGCUACUGAUUGUUUCAUUGGGGAUCUUUUUUUAGUAUAAAAUUUUCUACUCCUUUUUGUUUUUUG